AUGGCUACUGAAGGUCUGAAGGACGUCGAGUGGCCCGAUGGCCACAAGAGGCUAACCCGCCAUCUCGAACAGGGACAAAUCGAGUCCAACUACGAUGAGACUGUCGACAACUUCGACAGCAUGAACCUGAAGCCCGAGCUUCUGAGAGGAAUCUACGCUUACGGUUUCGAGCGCCCCUCUGCUAUCCAGCAGCGUGCUAUCCUACCCGUUAUCAACAACCGCGACGUCAUCGCCCAGGCUCAGUCCGGUACCGGAAAGACCGCUACUUUCUCCAUUUCGGUCCUGCAGAAGAUCGACCUGAGUGUCAAGCAGUGCCAGGCAUUGAUUCUUGCCCCCACUCGUGAGCUGGCUCAGCAGAUCCAGAAGGUUGUCGUCGCCAUCGGUGACUUCAUGAACGUCGAGUGCCACGCCUGUAUCGGAGGUACCGUCGUCCGUGACGAUGUCAAGAUCCUCCAGGACGGUGUCCACGUCGUUGUCGGUACCCCUGGACGUGUCCACGACAUGAUCCAGCGUCGUGCCCUCAAGCCCGAUGCCAUCAAGCUCUUCGUCCUCGACGAGGCCGAUGAGAUGCUGUCGCGUGGUUUCACCGAACAAAUCUACGACAUCUUCCAGCUGCUUCCCCAGAGCACCCAGGUCGUCCUUCUUUCGGCCACCAUGCCCCAGGACGUCCUCGAGGUCACCACCAAGUUCAUGCGUGACCCCGUCCGCAUCCUCGUCAAGAAGGCUGAGUUGACCCUCGAGGGUAUCAAGCAGUUCUACAUUGCCGUGGAGAAGGAGGAGUGGAAGCUCGAUACCCUGUCGGACUUGUACGAGACCGUCACCAUCACCCAGGCCGUCAUCUUCUGCAACACCCGCAGAAAGGUCGAUUGGCUCACCGAGAAGCUCACCGCCCGUGACUUCACCGUCUCUGCCAUGCACGGAGAUAUGGACCAGACCGCUCGUGACUUGAUCAUGAAGGAGUUCCGCUCCGGCUCUUCGCGUGUGUUGAUCGCCACCGAUCUGUUGGCCCGUGGUAUCGAUGUCCAGCAGGUUUCCCUGGUCAUCAACUACGACUUGCCCGCAAACCGUGAAAACUACAUUCACAGAAUCGGUCGUGGAGGUCGUUUCGGACGCAAGGGUGUCGCCAUCAACUUCGUCACUGCUGAGGAUGUUCGCAUGAUGCGUGAGAUCGAGCAGUUCUACUCCACCCAGAUUGAGGAGAUGCCCAUGAACGUUGCCGACCUUAUCUAA